AUGGUCGUGCAGAUGCAGGUGCUAAGUGUGGACUCCGUUGAGACUGCUCCUAGUCUUCUUCUCUCUACGGAGGCACGCCGUUUUCUAUUUAACGUCAGCGAUGGCACCCAGCGACUGUGUAUGGAACACCACGUGCGACUAGCUAAGCUACAGCACGUAUUUCUGACGGAGCUUCGGCCUUAUACUGUCGGUGGAUUACCUGGCAUGGUAUUGACAAUUUCCGACACAGGAAAACCGGGUCUUCACGUCUAUGGACCGCCUAGAACUGAUAGGUACCUGAAAGCGACGCGUCAUUUCUUGCACCGUCCUGAUUUUGCAUUGAAAGCGUCUGAGGUGCUUCUAUCAGGUACUAAAAAAGAGAUCAAAAGCUACUACGAAGACGACGAAGUGGUUGUGUACGCAGUGGCCGUACUGAAAUCACGACUUGGAGCGAAAAGGAAGCUUGAUAACAAUCAAUUUUUACCUGAUAGCGAAGAACAAAGCCAUGUGAGUGUAAGCUACGUGGUGGAAACAAGGAGGCAGAGAGGCAAGUUCCUAGUGGAAAAAGCCAUCGCAUUGGGUGUCCCAAAGGGCAAAUUAUUUGGACAAUUACACCAAGGAAAAGAUGUGACACUGGAUAAUGGCAACGUUGUCAAGUCAAGUGACUGUGUGUUGCCUUCGAUGCCUGCUGUAGCUUGUGUGGUGGUGUCGUGCCCUACGACAGCUCAUGUGGACGCACUUGUGAACAGUAUAGAGUUUGAUCGAUAUCGAGAAAUUAAUGGGAAGACGGCACAAGUCCAGGUGCAAGUGGUAUUUCAUCUUGGAAGAACAGAUGUACUGAAACAGCCGAAAUACGCUGCGUGGUCGCGGUCGUUUGGUGCACAAGCACGUCAUGUUUUGCUUGGACAUGAAGCAUGUGCGCAAAAGACGGUGUAUCGAGCGUCAGCGAAGCUGCAAGCUCAGUUGCAUGCGGUGUUUCCUCAUGCAUUCCCGUCCAAUGAGACACAAGAACUGCGAGAUGCUGCUGAGCCCUUUUCGCGUCCUGUGCCGGAUGCGAAGUCAUUGAAUUUUACUGAAAUCAGUAGUAAUGAGUCGGAGUCGGCAGUGUCAAAUCUGGUGCUAGGCGAGAGUAUGCUAAGUUUUAUUCUUGCUCCUCAGGCCCGCCGAGGUUUUGACAUAUCUAAUUGCUGGCAGCGUCUGGACUUCAAUACCAUUCGUCAGUCUGUUCCAUCUCUUGUUGAGACCGUCACGAAUACGUUAGGUACAGAUGACGUUCUCAACGGUCGGAUUACAUUUCUGGGUACUGGCUGCGCGAUUCCGUCCAAAUAUCGCAAUGUAACUGGCAUGUACCUUGAGUUGCCAACUGAAGUGAAAGGGAACGAUCAAUGGGCAGGACUGAUGCUUGACUGCGGAGAAGGCAGUACAGGGCAACUAUAUCGAUACGCAGAAGGAGACAAGAAACGAUUUCAGGAACUGAUUGACCGUUUAAAGUGUGUCUGGAUCUCCCACAAUCAUGCAGACCAUCAUCUUGGCUUGCUUCGGCUACUGAGUUGUCGAGCGUCUUCCGUUGAGCCACUGCUUGUGAUCGGGCCGACAUCGCUACGGUACUGGUUGGACGAGUACUCGGCACUAGACCCGACAGUAUCUGGCUUGUACACUUUUGCAGAAAAUCAUAGCUUUGAUGAGAGCGAUUCUCGCUUCCAAGACGACAAGAUUUACAUGGAAUCAGCGCGCGUGCGUGCAUGGCUCCGAGAGAUGCUGAAUAUCACACAAUUUGAGUGUGUGCCGGUCAAACACUCGCGACAGUCAUACGCAGUGGUUGUGACGUUCAAUGAUGGUGCCAAGCUUGCAUUUUCCGGUGACUGCCGACCAAGCGAAAAGCUCGCUGAAAAGGCAAAAGGGGCGUUUCUGCUCGUUCACGAGGCCACUUUUGAGGAUGAAAUGGUCAAAGAAGCAAAGGACAAGGCACAUUGUACAAUACAAGAAGCCAUUCAAGUUGGCCGUCAAGCGAAUGUACGUAACUUGGUGCUGACGCACUUCAGCCAGCGGUAUCCGAAAAUGGCCGUUCUUUCCAGUGCAUUCGAGCAAAAUCCUUUGAACAUACUGACUGCAAUUGAUCUGCUAAGUUUGCGGUUCCGGGAGCUACAACAGCCUCAGCUUAUGGAUGUAUGUACACGGCUUUUGGAUUUUAGUGAUGAAGAAGCUGAUGGGGCAAUGAGUCAUUCAGCUUCAAAAGAAUGA